AUGAUUGCUGAAGUUUAGAAUAAUGAAGAUCUAUUAGUAAUGUGUAGAAUCUGUGAAAAAUAAGUAUGAGUAUGUUAUUACAAUUAUAGACAGAUGCUUCUUUGAUUGAGAAUCAUUUAGUUAAUUGUUAACAAAUCUUUGAGGCUAGAAAGUAAUUGCAUUAAUUAGAUGUGUAAAUACAAAAGUUAGCUGAGUUGGCAUAGAAUAGCUUUCGUACAAUUAAUACAAAAUAUCAAAUUCAUAAGUCCAAAUAAGCUAGAUAUACAAAUCAAGAUAAUAGAGGAAUGAGGAGUAGUGCUCCAUUAAAAUUGAAUUAACCAGAAGAUUGUACAAGUGAAGAAACGGGUUCAAGAACAAACAAGGUUAGUACAAACUUUUGUAUAAUUUUAGUGUACAGUCAAAUCAAGGUUUGCAAAUUUAGGAGCAAACUUAGCAAAUAAAGAGGUAUCUGAAGAAUAGACAGAGUAAGAAUCUGUAAUUUAGAUUGUUUAAUAAAAUAUUACAGGAGAGGAUUUCGAUCAAAUAAUGAAACAAUAGAUUAAGUUAUCAAAGAAAAUAGAAUAAUAGAAACAAGGUAAUAAGUUAGUAUAUUCUCCUUCUCCAGAAAUUAAAUAAAUAAGUUCCCCAAUAUCAAAUGGUAUGGGAAGUCCAUUCUCUCUUGAGUAAAUUAUUAUCAAUAUAAUUUAGUGAUAAUACAGAAAUUUUAAAAGAUUUGAGAUAACAGUUAAACUCACUCUCUAUAAUUACUAAAUAUACUGAAGAAACUCUAAAAACACAUCAUGGUACUUAAUCAAUUUAAUUUGAUCUUAAAAUACAAGUUGAGUUAUUCAAUAUUAAAUAUACACUCUAAAAAGAAGUUUAAGAUCUUGUAAAAAUGACUUUGAAACUAAUUGAAGUAGAAUUGAAAUAUUAUAUUAUUUUAGGAAAAGGUUUAAUGUACAUAAAAAAUAUCGAGAUUACAAAAAUUGAUUUCUGAUGAAGAGAAACUAGAUAAUCUUACAUCUCCACUUCGUCUAAAAAAUAUCAAUAAUGUUGAAAUAGGGAAUCGUAGAACUUCUUUAGGAAAUUCAUUAUAAGAACAUUUUGAAAUGUUAAAAAAUAGUGGUAAUGGUUCUAAAUGGUUAAAUAAAUAAAAUGUCAUAUCAAAUUUUGAUAACAACAAAUAGGUGUAAUCGAAAACUUUUACUGAAGGUGUAGGAAAAGAUUGUAUCUUUUAAAAAUGUUUAAGUGAAUCUGAGGAUGGAGGAUAAAGUAGCAAUUAAUCAGAUUCUGAUGAUGCAGUAUCUAAAGAAGUCAAAAAAAAUAUGACUAAAAAAUCAUUAGAAGAAUCUUUUGAAAUGGAAGAUUAAGUAUAAUAAUCAAAAAGUAAUAUGAUUUCAUUUAAGGAUUUAAAUUAAUAAAAUGAAAUGAAUAAAUGUGAUUUUGAUAAUGAGAAAGAAUAGAAAGUUAAAGGAUAUUAUAGUGAUGGAGAUUUCAAAACAACUAAAUUAGUUAAAAAUAAAUAAUUGUAAAAUAUAUUAAUUAUUAUUUAUUUUAGAUUAAAUGUAACUCUUUAAGACUUUGAAUUUAUUCAAGUAUUGGGUGUUGGAGCAUUUGGAGCAGUAUGGUUGGUUUGUAAGAAGAAGACUAAAGAUUAUUAUGCAAUGAAGGUUAUAGAUUGUAGAAAUAAGAAUAUGAAUGAAAUAUAGAAUUUAAGAGCAGAAAAAAAUGUAUUUGAAAUUUUAGAAGGUGAUUUUGUAGUAAAAGCAUUUUAUUCAUUUAUUUAAGACAAUUGUUUAUUGUUCUUGUUAGAAUAUAUGAUGGGGGGUGAUUUUAGUUAAGUUCUAUAUUAAUAUGGUCGUAUUUCAGAAUCAGUGGCAAAAUUUUAUUUAGCUGAAUUGUUAUUAGCAAUUGAAUCAUUACAUAAAAAAGGAAUAAUUCAUAGAGAUUUGAAACCAUAAAAUAUAUUAUUAGAUGCAUAGGGUCAUCUAAAAUUAGCUGAUUUUGGAUUAUCAGAAAUUGCUUUAGUAUAAAAGAUAAGGGAAGGAAAGGAUGGAAUAAAUUGUUCAAUUGAUCCUGAAGCAUUACCAAUGAAUGUUUCAAAAAGAAACAUUAAAACUAAAAGCAAUAUUGAAUUUCAUAUAUAAAAGAGUACUAGUAAGACUAGUAUUUAAGAAAGAACUUAAUCAGGAAAAAGAUAAAAUAGAAUUAUUGGAACUCCUGAUUAUAUUCCACCUGAAGUUAUAUGUGGAUUAUCUAUAUCAAAUUUUUCAAUAGAUUGGUGGGCUUUUGGAGUGAUAGCAUAUGAAUUUUUAGUAGGCAUUCCUCCAUUUAAUGAUUCUAGUAUUCCAAAAGUGUUUGAGAAUAUAAUGAAUAGAACAAUUGAAUGGCCAGAGAUAGGUAAUGGAGAAGAUAUGAUGAGUUAGGAAGCAUAUGAUUUAAUUAAUUCAUUAUUGGAACCAUAAUUCCAUAAAAGAUUUGGACAUAAAGGUGCUGAAGAAGUUAAAUGUCAUAAAUUUUUUAAUGGAAUUGAUUGGAAUAAUAUUAGAAAUCAAGAGGCUCCAAUGAUUCCAAUAAGAGAUUUAGAUUAAUUAGAUGAGGAAGAGAGUAAUAUCACGAAGAAAAAGAAUGAAGAAGUAAAAAUGAAGGAUAGAUUACAGUCAGUAUAAGUGUCACAUGAUGGAAAUCUAGAUGAUGUAGCCAAUUUGACUAGAGUUGAUUUAUUAGCAAAGAUUAGUUAGAAGGAUGCUGAGAAUGUAAUGAAAAAAAGAUCAAUUCGGAAGACUAUUUAACAAUUUCUAUGA